AUGUCCUCGUCUCGCUACCCGGACAGCAGAUACGGCCGCGACAGGUCGCCCUAUCGCGACAGAAGACCUUCGACAUAUGGCGGCGGAUACCUCCCGAGGAUUAGCGAUUCUGCCUCUCGAGCGAAUGCGGAUGCAGGCGCUUUUCCACCCAGGGAUACUCCACGGGGCCCGAAAUCUCUCGUAGAUGGCCCGCGGGCGCCGACUGGGGGACCGCCAUCUGGUGCGCCUUCCGCGCCGCGAGAGGGACGCGGAAGGGGGUUUGCGGGACGCGGUGAACCUCCUUCACUGCGAGACGCGCCGCCUCUUUCGAGCGUUGCCCAUGUCCCUAACUCUUGGCGGGCCACCGACCGAGAUCGAGAUCGUGACCGAGAUUUUGAUCGUGAUCGUAGAGAUAGGCGACCGUCUCCUUCUCGACGAUCGCCUAUAAGGGAUCCACGCGACAGCCGCGACCAGAGGGAUUUUGCUCCUCGCGACCUCGACAUCAGCCGUGCGCGGCGGAGUUCUCGAGAUGGUGGUCCUCCUUCAGCCGGCUCUUCAUAUUCCGAUCCUCCUCUAGGCACUGGGUCAUCGUAUCGUGGUAGCGGUGUCGGUCGAGGUCGCGGUGGCCGAGAAUUUCAUCCAGACAUGCGUGGGCGUGGCAGGAACUUCCAUAAUGACGAUCGGGACCGCCACCAUGACGCACGUGAUCGAUUGCCCGAGCGCUCUUAUCGUCCACGCAGUCGUUCGCGAGACCCUGUGCGGCGUGAGAGAGACUUGAGAGAUGAGCGGGAUUUCGACAGGAGAGAACGUGACGAGCGCAGGUUUGUGCCAAGGGAGUAUGACUCUUAUAUAGGGCCAGCAGGCUCCCUCAAGUCUGGUUCGCGUGCACUUGACACACAUCGCGGAAGCGGGCCCCUCGACUCACGUCAUCUUCCCGGAACACCGACAGGAGCUCCACCACAUCAUCCGUCCACAGCAGACCGGCUAGGGCCACCGAGCGAUUCAUAUUCGCGGCGCUCAUCCAUUGCAACAGAGCCUGUGGGUGCAAAGGAAGGCCGACGAGAGCCCGGAAGGGAUGAUCUUCUCCUGGCGGGUCGCGCUGAAGCCUCCCGAGAACGCUAUGCUCCACGGGCUUCCUCGCCUCCUGCUGCCGUGCCAGCUUUUGGGUUUUCGUCUAAUGUUUGGAGAAACCCCGCGCUUGACGCGAAACCUACAGCCACCACUCAGUCAAAGCCCGCUGCGUCAGUACCCUCGGCGCCUGUUGCGACCGCCGUAGCCCCAGCUGCGCUGCCAGUUCCCUCUGCCCCCAAGACAAGCAUCCCAUCAGGGUUAUCAACCGCGCCGCCAACUGGACCAAAGGCCGACAGGGCUCCGGAACGUUCUCACGGGGAUAGUGGGAGUCAGGCUCAAGACAAUAAGCCGGGUUCUACGGAGCCACCACGAAUCGAGCCUCGCCCACCCCUUGCUCCGGCGGCAGCGCACAACGUGCCGGGACUAGAAAAUGUGGAGUCUAAGGCAACGGGCCCUACUCCUAGCGUUGCUCUAUCUCAGGCCAACUCGCCUCCUCAGGGUCCAGCAGUGAGGAUUCGGGCGCCUCCGACAGGACCCCACGCGUCUCUUCGAGCCAACGCAUCACCAUCGUUCCCUAGGCCUACGCACUUGCCCUAUGUACCACGAGAUUCCUCUCCGGGCGCAAUGCCUCCUGUCGGAGGGCCCCGGGGCGGGAGCGGAAGUGUCAGUGCGUUGACCAUGAAUACGUCACCUAAGAGUUUGCCCGCAAACAUUCCAACUGGUCCCAAAGCCGAUAGAGCGAAUUCAAUGGUGGCGCGCCAAUCACCAAUGUAUCCUCCUUCAGACCGCCCCGGCUUUCCAGCUCCGAGAAUGCCGUUAGGAAGCGCCCCGAAGAGCAUGCAGUGGGUCCGUCCUGGUCUCAAUCUCAAUAACCGGACAAUUAUUCCAACAAAGCGAGAAUUUCCAAUUGAGGACCGUGAUCGACCUUUUGGUACAGCCCCAAAGGCUCCCAAACUUGAUCAUAACACCUCGGCCACAGAUGCUCAGCGUUCCGAGCCGACCAAAGCAGAUUCUGCCUCCAUAGCUCCGCCGACAACUGAAAUUUGGCUCAACCGCGAUCAAUCGGGAUCUGUGGAGCGACGCAAGGAUACUUCGCCAAAGCCUGCACCCGUUGAAACAAGGCGUCUUUCGGACAUAUCCAUGCCAGACGCAUCCCCUCGCCGAGACAAGCCGCCCGCAUCGGCUGCUUCUUCAGCCCCCGAGGUGCUGGACGACUCGGACGAAGAUCUUGACCUUGACGAGGCUGACUUUGCUGAGUCGGAAGCGAAAUACAACCGGGAGAAAACCUUGCUUGAAUCCAAACGUAUUGAUCUUAGCGCGUCGCAUCUGAGGGCUACCACACCCCUUCAGGAGAUCACGCUUUUGAUGAGCGUCAAUAUCAAUCACCUACCCCAUCGUCAGCAGAGCAAACCUGUUGAAGAGGAGAUGAUCAACGUUCCUACUUCUCAGCCUCCACCGGAAAGUACCACUACCGAGCUUCCCACUCCGAAAGCCGAGGAGACGGAAGAUGUCAUCAUGGAUGAGAAGGAAGAAAAGCCAUUAGCACCUGCAACGCGAGCACUUCGUUUACGUCGGGGAACCACUGAUGAGCAUGAGGAGACUCCUGACCUAAGUUCACUUCCUUAUCUCGGCUCUGGUCCGCCAACGCCACUUUCCGACCUCGACCAAGACCGACCGCGUGUGUCCGAUGACGUCCUGCUUGUAAUACGAGAUAACUUGCGAAAGGACAUUGAGCCAGAGCUUGACACCGAAGAGACUCUGGAGCAGUAUGCCGCCGCGUACAAGCGAUGGCGGCUUUAUGUCCGCGAGCUUGAUGAGUCUCGGGAACACGAAGAACAGGAGAGACAGGUAUCCGCCGAACCCAGCAUAAAAGUUACUACGCCAGAUGUUCAGAGUUCUGCCAUGGCCCCAAUGCUGGACCUCCCACCGCCAACUACUGGCCGCCGAGGUCAUUCGAGCCGAUGGGCAACCGAGCUUGAUCUUGAAACAGCCAUCAAAGAAUCUCUAAAGACGGCCGAAGAGGAGAGGAUGGGAAAGAAAGAGCAAGAGCCCAAGAGGUCAUUGGCCGACCCGGAGAAGGAGGCCACGGUCCCUUUGGAGUUAACUGCAUAUGAAGCCCAGCGACGCCGAUUUAUCGACACCAACUUUCAGCGAGAGCCCGGACAAGGCAUCUUUGUGUUUCAUUACGAGCCCCCAGAGGACGACUUCACAGAGGAAGAACACAAGAUCAUGGUGCAGCACUACAAGGACCAGUAUGCCAAAAAAUGGGGGAAGCUGGCAGAGAUACUUUACAAAGAAGCUGGGUCCAGUCGGACGUACAAGGAUUGCAUCAAUCAUUAUUAUGCUACCAAGUGGGGCAAGGAAUACAAAGGUAAAGUCAAAGGAAGGCGAGGUGGGCCCCGGAGGCGAGGGGGAGGUGCAGGUAGAGGUCGCGGAGCAAUCGCUAACAUGGAACGGCCCGACGUACCAGGCGAUGAUGGACUUCCACCGGCCCUUACAGAGAGCGGACGGCCGCGACGUUCGGCGGCCCCGACGUUCGGUGCGGAGACUGAUUUCGACACCACGACCUCUACGCCGACCCCGGGACGGAUGCGCCGCCAGACCGAUGCCGAUGGAACGCAAGAAAAGGCGGGUCGACGUGGAAAGGGUGGGAAAGAGAGAGGUGGGCGAAAGGCCAAGAACCCCCCUCUCGCUGCUGCACCAGCUGGAUCGCCUGUUAAGCUUGAUCGCAAGGCCUUGGGAGUCAAAAUGGAGGAAGAGCUCGCCAAGCGACCACUGGGAGAAAUGUCUCUACCCAUGCAAGCCGCCUUGUCGGAGGAUCAAAUGGCGCUUUCGAGCGAUUCGCAAUUCCAUUCAGGGUUAAGCUCUGGCAUCAUAGAGCGGCCAAGGGCGCAAGCUAGCGCAAGGCCUGGGCCCUCAAGCUACUGGUCCGUUACAGAGCAAACCGAUUUCCACAGGAACGUGGCACACUUCGGUACGGACUGGGGGGCAAUUGCGAACCAUAUGGGGACAAAGACGUCAACUAUGGUGAAAAAUCAAUAUCUGCGGUUGGUUGAGAGUGGGCUGGCCCCGGACUUGGAGAGACUCGCUAUUGAAGCUGACCAGAAGCGAGAGCGAGGUGAAGAUAUAGGUCCGCCACCUACGCCGACCCCAGCCCCGAAGAGACGUUACGAGAGUACGCAGAUCAACGCGCCACGUGCCCUCGCUCCGACGCCUGAGGGCGCGGCGGGCCAUCCUAUGGCUCUAACCAAAGCAUCCCCUCCUAGCUCCGCUCCAUCCUCUAGGUUCUCCAACAUCGCCCAAGCGCCUCAGCAAACCAAGCCGAUCGUGCCGCCUGUCGGGUUCACUAUGCCAGAGACGUCGCUUGCAUCAAUACCUUCCAUACCACCGCAGCAGUCACCCCCUACCCAGGCCCUACGCUCUCAGGCGCAGCAUCACCUCCAGCACCCCUUGUCCCAACCCAAACCACACCAUGCGGGACCGCGUGCUGGUUUUUUCUCGGACGACUUACUCCCACGCUCAGAGAAUCGGCCGCCCCCACAAUCCUCGACCUUGACUCAUCCUUCGCGUUCUCUGCAACAGCAAGCUCAACCGCAACCACAACCACGAGUUCCCGAGCAGGCUCAAGCGCCGUUGUUUCGCCAAUCGGUCCUACAAGAGCGCGACAAUCUCAUCAGGACAGAGCCAUCGCAAGACCACGAUGCUCAUCUACGGUUCCAAUCGCAGCAUUCGCGACGAAUGUCUCAGGAAGUGUCCCAACACAGGCAGUUCCCACCGUCUGCAACCGGUAUGCCCCAGAUGCGCUCGGGUCAUGGCGUUGGGUCGCCAGAGAACCGCCCGCUUUCGAUGCCGCAUCCUCGCCAUAUUCAGCACGCAUCGGCAAGCAGCCAAUCCCUCCCAGAUGCCUCUACUCAAACCUCGAGCGCUUUGCCAGCACCCCAUCAAUUGCCACCACGCUCUGUUAUCGGGACACCACCGGUGAAGGAAGAGUCCAGACAUUAUCCGUUGCCUCAACCCCCGCAGUCUCAACCUCCGCAAUUACAGUCUCAGGCCCAAACCUACCCUCAAUCUACCCAACCACCCGCUCAAGCUGCGCAGCCACCAUCCGCUCCACCACCGAAACCCGCCCCGGAACCGAGGAAGUCGAACUUGCUAUCUCUUCUCAACGAUACUGAACCAGAAGAGCCGAGACGAAAGAAGCCAAGCGAGCAAAAUGUGCCUUCGCACACUCCCACCCCACAGCAGCAAGCCCCUAUCGCGCCGCCACCGCCUGUGUCACAGCCUUUGCCUCCGCGACGUGACCUCUAUAGCGAUGUCGCCGCUUCUCAGGCGCCCUAUGCUCGCCCUUCGUAUGCGCAACAAAGUUCACUAUCACAAGGCCCUUCUGGCAGGCAGGUUGUUGAUCUUACCAACGAUCAGACACCUGGUGGGAGGGCUCCUCCGCGUGAGACUUGGCAGCGACAACAGUUCCAUCCGGGGAGUCAGGCUCAGCAGACGUCGGCGCUCAAUUCCCCUCAUACAGGCCUUGCACAGCCAACCUUUGGCGAUCCCAGGAUCUUUGCAAACCAUCGGUCCGUGUUCGCUCAGCAUAAUGCUCCCCGAGCCAACCCUUCACCGCCACCUCUCUCUGCGUAUAGCAAUUCGCCUCAUCUCCACUCACGGACUCCCAGCCUAAGCGGGCCUUCGGGACAACAACCACGUCACGGGAUCACCACAACAGCUCCGCCUCAACACUCGCAGCCCGCGGCUGGUACUACGCAGAUACUCCAACCGAAUCCAUAUGCCCAGGUAGAUCUUCCCGGAAGUAGCUCUCAACCUUCCGGGCCGGUGGGUAUGCGACCGAGUCCCCAUCUCCACACGAGUCAUAUCGCGCAACAGAGGGAGCUUCAUAGCAGGAACGAGCAGUCUCAGGUUCACAAUGCAGGUCUAGCUUAUUCGAAUCCUCAAACUCCCAACCAACACCAUCCUGGCCCUCAACACAUUCGCGGAGCGAGUGUCGCCGACCAAUAUCGCGCUCGGGAUCCUCGCGAUCUGCAUCAUGACUUCGACGCCCGCAACACCGAGCGCGACAUGAGCCGAGAGCUCUCGCAAAGGGCUGACGCACUGCUACGGGAACGGCGCGAGUCUCUUCUGUCAAACUCUCACCUACGUUCCACCGCGCCUCCACCAUCGCAUCAAGAUUCCCGCUAUCAGACUCAACAGCAGGAUCGGGGCUACGGUAUGCAGCGAGCACACACCCCACUCUCUAGGCCUGACCAUGGUCCGCCUCCGCCUCUACAACAUCCCCCGCAUUCGUCGUUAGGAGACGGCAGCCACCCUCUCUACGGACGUCAACAAGAGGAUCCUUCGCAUCGCUUCAGGGAUCCAUUUUCACGUGACGCUCGGAUCACAGAGCGCAUUCGAGAGGAGCAAGCACAGCAGCAUGCGGCACUGGGCCGAGAUGACUUACUCGGCAGAGAACGCGAGAUGCGGGAACGAGAAAUGCGCAAUCAGGAAAUGCGGGAGCGUGAAUUGAGGGAGCGCGAUGCGCAGUGGCGGGACAGCAUGCUGAGAAGAGGACCUCCGCCGCCCCCAGGGUCGGGACAAGAUCAGAGACCUGGACCACCCACGGAUUGGGCGAGCGCUCGAAAUGCGCGCACGAGGAAGUCAAACUCUAGGCACCUGCAGGUGCCGAAUCCCACGCAGCCUGCACUCCAACACUUGUUGCAGACGACAGGCUGCGGGUAUGUCCGAAAUUCGUACCCAUCCGAGGUGGAACACGAGAAUCUUUCUCGCGAGGGAUUAUCUUCUGCUGUUAAUGCAGGUAUGGGCGUCUUCGUUACUAUAGAAUGCACUUUUCUAGUUCGAGAGAAUCCAUAG